UCCCUAGUAGCAUUGAAACUAAGGUACACACCUCAAAAUUUGCACAACAUGAAAACUGUAAUCCUUUUCACUAUUUUGGUCCUUGCUGUUGCCGGUGUUUUGGCCUGUGAUCCUGAUGGCAAUAAUCAGCCAGAAUGUACAAGCAGUAAUUUAAAUGUACCCAUACGUAACUUCUGGGAUCCCACUCAUUAUUGGGUGUGUAAAUCGGCCGGUGCUGCUGCUGAGUCGGUACGUUGUCCCGAUUCACAAGGUUUCGAUUCUGCUAAGGGUGCUUGUGUUUCGUUUGAUGAAUGGCAAUGGACUGAACCAUGUCCAGAGGCUGCCGCUUAAAAUUAAAUACAUACCUUACUAUUGUGAAUAACGAAUAAAUGUUAAUUUCAAUUGCAAAA